CUAGGCAUGUGUAUGCUCCAAACAUUUGUUGGCCACAUGGAAGCAUCAAACUGCAAGAUGUCAGAGAGUUGGAGCUUAGAAUUCAUGUGCAAAGACUUUUGGAGGAACAUAAAACAAAACAAGGGAUAGUCAGAUAGAUGGCAGUUGAGACGAGCGGUGGUCAUAAUUGCACUGACAGAAGUUGCGAAAUUCCAAUGAUUCGAACGAGCGUUUGGGAAAUCCAAUGAACAGCGCACAUGGGUAUUGACUGCACGCACCCAAGCAAGAACAUGAAGCCAUGGCCUUCCUCCUCCCCAAGCUCAACACGUGCAUCUAGCAAAUCACCCCUGCAUCUGUUAUUCUGCUUGAGGCAUUUGUGAUAUGUUCGAGAAACACCAAGAUAAUUUGCCGGGCCUGACCAGAAUGCUAGAAGAUAAGCCUCUCAGCUGGUUGCAGAACGUGAUUGGAUAUUUCCCUUCCAUCAACAGAUUUAUGUUUGGAUUUGGAACGUUGACAAGGUUAGUCAUCCUGGUUUAAAUACUAUGAGAAAUGGCUGACACGCCGGGGACCUAACAAGCUAAAAUUGCACUCACCAUCAAUUUGUGCUUCUGCUGAUCUUGUUCCCCAAUAAUCAGUUACUAUUGGCCAUCUACUUCAUUAUAUUUCAUGGACGCUGACCAGGAGAAUUUGUAGUAAUAUGAGCUAAGUACCUUUUUUAUAAACUUCAUCUUAUGAAUAUGUAAAGUGGCAGUACUCGCAGUGUUUCGCAAAUAUAUCAGUUGAUUGCAGUAGUGACAGUACCCACAGUCCCACAUUGUUAUUGAAUUACCCUUCCAGAUUGGCUGGCUGAAAUAGACUAUCUAGAGAAAUACUCCCUCCGUCUCAUAAUGUAAGCCAUUUUUUUAGUGUCAAAAAACGUCCUACAUUACAACAACAACAGCAACAUGCUGCAAGCCUUUAGUCCCAAACAAGUUGGGGUAGGCUAGAGGUGAAACCCAUAAGAGUUAUCUAGAGAAAUAUAUGAACCAUGAUAAAAGUUUUCUUGGUAACAAUACUGAAUAAAAUCUGCCAUAUACAACACCCAUUUACCAGUUGCUACUCAUUUGCUGCCAUGAUAUAGUGCUUAUUCAUGUCACCCUGCACAACAUAUAUUCCCAUUCUAAUAAAAGCGAAAAAACCCAGAUAAUCAAGGAUUUCGAAACUGAAACAAGUGAACUCGUUGCAAAAGUGUACUAGUAAGUAUACUGCAGGCUCCGUCCGUUAGGGUGGCCAAAUGUAUUGGAAGGGAGCUUGUGAAGUUUGGAGGUAAAAGGAGGCGAGUAAGUUGGGAUACAGAAUCAUUACUAGUUUCUUUGACAUCAUUUUCGGAUUUGCUAAUUCUCAUGAGAAUUGUCUCAUCUAACUCCUAUGCCAUUUGAUUUUAUGCGGAGAUUCAUGCAGUUUUUUUUCUUUUUAUUUUUCCAUGCUAAUGUCACUUAGAUGAGACUUAGUGAACUCUCGUCUAGAUGAGAGCUAGCCACACCCAUUAUUUUCCGCACAUUAAAUUCAUAGUAGAGUAAUCUCGUGCUAAGAUGCAAAUCACUGGUUUGAAUCUGAUAGGAUACUUUCUUACUAAAUUGAUUCACUUUUUUUUCUUUGUUUUUGUAACUUUCUCUAUAUUUUUUAGAGAAUUUUAUGACUUAGUGCCGGAUGCAUGCAUUUUUGGUCUGAACACUAAAUGAAGCACGAACUAGAAAUAUAUAUUCUAAAAUGUAUUUUUAGCUAAUUUUCUCUCUUUAUGCUUUCUUCCGGGCUUAGAUUCCUGCCAUUGAGGCCUCAAUUGCUCCUCUGGGAGCAUGCUUCUAAACCAUGAAUGUUGGCUUGGUAGCUUAUUAUCUUCAGCAUAUUAGAUAUCGAUUAAAUGUUUCAGGUGAUACAUUCCUGUAUCAGAGUUGAAAUGUUUUUUGGAUAACGACACAUGCAUACAUCUUGCCAUUUGUAAUCUACAAAAUAUAUAAAGUGAAAGUACUCACAGUGCUAAUCAACAUAUCAGUUGGUUUUGGUAACUACAGUACCCAAAGUCUUCAGCAUCUAAAUCAUGAAUAUCGGGUUGGUAGCUUAUGUUCUUCAACAUAUUAGUUUUUUUGUGACAAAGAGCAUAUUAGAUAUCAACCAGGGUGAUAGUGAUACAUUUCACUAUUAGAGUUGACACCCUGGUAAUUAUAUUUGGCAAAUGUGCUUCCGUUUUAUUUGCCUAUGUUUCUCUUCUUUUUGUGUGCCUUUUUUUGUGGGCGCAAGCCUCUGCUGUUGAAGCCUGAACUGCUGCUCUAGGAGGCAGGACCAAGGUUCUAUGUGUUCAGCAUUGGUAGCGUAUUGUCUAUUUGUCUUCAGCAUGUUAGAUAUCAACAAUAUAUCGGGUGAUAUGGUCAAGUACUGGAGUUGAUUAAGCAUAUUGUGCCAUGACUUCCAAGUGUCACCCUGAUAACGACAUAUUUCUUAUUCUUAUUAUGGGCAGCCCUCUAUAAUGGACUACUAAGACUAGCAUGUAGUGCUUGCCCUUAAUGUAAGCUACAAUACUCCACCAGACCACCCUGUUAGGAACGGCCGGCCGGCCGGCUGGCUCAUCCAGAGACAUAUCCUCCGCAGCAAGCGAAGCUUCUACCAAGCCAUCAUGAAGCAUCUCCAUUCUGUAUGCUUUCUCUUACUCUCUUACACUUGUCUCCUAUUAUACGUCGCCGCGCCGGCGAGUGCCAACAUCCGGGGUGAAGCUGAAGCACUUGUGAAGUGGAAGGCUAGCUUGGUCGAUGCCGAUGGGUCCCUUAGUACAUGGUCGAUGGCCAACUCCACAAGCCUUUGCAACUGGUGGCACGUCACUUGUGACUUGGCUGGGCACAUCAGGCAGCUCAUGCUUAUCGAGACAAGUCUGAAUGGCACACUUGAUGACUUCGACUUCCCCGCCUUUCCCCACAUGGAGAAACUCAUCCUGUACGACGUUGGUCUAUAUGGCACAAUUCCAGCGGGGAUUGGCAACCUCACGAGUUUGGUUGUGUUGGACCUCAGCAGAAACCCAUAUUUGAGAGGCGCCAUUCCUCGCAGCAUUGGCCAGCUGAUGCACCUUGGUUUACUGCGAUUGAGAUAUUUGAAGCUUGAUAGCACGCUACCUGAAGAGAUUGGUAACCUGACGAGCUUGGACGAGCUCGAUCUGUACUCAGUUACUUUGACAGGGUCAAUCCCACCAACAAUUGGGUUGCUCGUGAAGCUCCGGAAGCUUAUCCUGCGAAACAAUAAGCUGACAGGGAGAAUCCCGCUGGAGAUUGGAAACAUGACAGAACUGCAGUCCAUAGAGCUGGAUGAUAACCAUUUGGAAGGGCAGCUGCCAGGUACCAUCAUUCAUCUGAGAAAACUCAGGUAUUUGUAUCUGUCAGAAAACCAACUUGGAGGCCACAUCUUCCCGGAGCUUGGGAAUAGCAGUCUCCUGGAUGAGGUCGAGAUUGCAAAUAAUAACUUCUUUGGGGUGUUCCCGUCAUCCAUUUGCGCAGGAGGUGCACUGAAAUUUCUCAUUGCUGGAUAUAAUGGAUUUACCGGCAUUCACCGUCAGACCUUUAAAAACUGCACAUCCUUGCACAGUGUUGACUUCACGGCAAACAACAUUGUUGCAGAGUUAAGGGACUGUUUUCAUGAGCAUCUUGGACAGCUUCAGGCAAUGGAUUUCAGUGAAAACCAGUUCUAUGGCACGGUUCUGACAGAUUGGGGCGAGGUAUUCCUUUGUAAUUAUACCCUUUUAGACUUCCUAGACCUAUCAAAUAAUUCCUUGCAUGGAGGUCUCUCCCAGUGUUUCUGGGACAUGGCAAGCUUGAUGUUCAUGGAUCUAUCGAGCAACUCCUUCAGUGGCGUGGUUCCAUUCUCGAGGACAUGUAGUGUUGAUCUGAACUAUCUACACCUAGCCAAUAACCAUUUCAUAGGAGCCUUCCCGUUUGGUCUUAAGAAAUGUAAAAACCUGAUCACUCUAGAUCUUGGAGGCAAUAAUUUCUCAGGUACGAUACCAUCUUGGAUAAGCAAGAACUUACCUGGACUCAAGUUUCUUCGUCUGUCAUCCAACACAUUCGAAGGUGUCAUACCUCUUCAGGUAUUACACUUUCACAAACUCCAAUUGUUGGACUUGUCAAAAAACAAGCUCACAGGACCCGUUCCAGAUGAUUUUUCAAAUUUUACUGGCAUGGCACAUGAACAGGAACAAAUUGACUAUGUAUAUACUGGCUACGGCGUGCAUGCACAGCAAAUCCAAAUAGUUUGGAAGAAUGUAGAUCAUGUUUACGUUAUGGUGAUAGCAGGCAUGGCCGGUAUCGACUUAUCUGGGAACUUUCUUUCACAAGAGAUCCCACAUGGGCUCACAACGCUUCUUGGAAUCAGGUACCUGAACUUAUCAGGAAAUCAUUUGUCAGGUCGUAUUCCCAAAGACAUUGGCAAUCUGGUACUGCUGGAAUCCUUGGACCUUUCUCGGAACCAACUAUCAGGGGAAAUUCCUCCAAGCUUUGCAGAUUUGAAGACCAUAAGCGUCCUGAACCUCUCGAGCAACAGUUUAUCAGGGAGGAUACCUACGGGCAAUCAGUUGCAGACACUCGUAGAUCCUUCAAUAUACAGCAAUAAUCCUGGGCUGUGCGGGUUUCCGUUGGAAGACUGUGUAAACUCGUCGACACCUACGCAAACCGAAGAGAGUCAGGCUGAAGAUAGAGAGGCAUUGUGGUUGUAUUGCUUCGUGGCUGCUGGGUUCAUCUUUGGGUUCUGGCUGUACUGGGGCAUGUUCAUGUUCCGCAGCGAGACAUGGAGAUUUUCGUUCUAUCAAUAUGUGGACAACAUGCAAGCCAUGGUAACCAAGAAGAUAUAUAGCUGCAUGUCGCACUUUCGGGUCAAUGGCGCUGAAUGAUGAAGAGUGUCACGUGGUGCUGAAGUAAUGGUGUAUCGCGUCCUAUAUCGAGCAUGUCUGUAAUAUUUCCCUUCCUCUGUUAGUUGGACGUUUUGUUGUAAUUUGAUGUUACUCAGGUUUUGUGGCGCUGAAACCUACUGGUUUCAGAUUUCAGAUUUGAUUGUUUGGUACCUAAGGCUAUUUGGAGUGAAGUGAAUGAGUUCUUUGAAAUCAGUUACGUAGUCAUAAUUCUGAAUCUGUAGCUUGUUUUUUGGUUAGUAACACUAGGCA